CUCCACUGUUCCUGUGCACAAGGUUCGCCAGAUCUCCCGCUGUGAGAGGCCAGCCCCCGGGCAGGAGAUGGUUAAGGCCGCUCCCCCUCCUCCCCCGGCUCAGCAGCAGUGGAGAGAGGGGGAGGGCGCCGCUCUGUAUCUGUGGGGAGGAGGAGGAGGAGGAGCCGGGGAGGGGACUCGCCCAGCAGCUGCUGGAAAAUAAUAAAAUAAAUAUUAUCGCUCCACGGACACUCGGAAUAAAGCCCCCGGUGCCCCCCACAUCACCCGGCGGAGAGCGGCGAGGCCUGCCCCGAGCACAGCAGCGACAAGAAGGGAGGACGUGCGAUCAGGCGGAGGAAGACAUGGCCAGCGAGGGAGGAAAGGCCAGCGAGACGGAGAGCAAGAAAAAAGCCAAAGGGUCCGGGUCGCAGGACUCGCAGCCCUCUCCCUUGGCUUUACUAGCUGCAACCUGCAGUAAAAUAGGAACGACAGGGGAAAACCAAGGUGCUGGACAGCAGCAGAUUAUCAUAGAUCCCAGCCAAGGUUUGGUUCAACUCCAGAAUCAACCACAGCAGCUGGAAUUGGUGACCACUCAACUGGCCGGUAGUGCUUGGCAGAUAGUGGCGGCGGCACCCCCUGUUACUAAAGAAGGCAGCAUAGCACAACAAGGAAUUUCAAUAGCUGCUAGUACAGCAACCUCAUCAAAUAGUAACAGUGAGAACGCAUCACCUACGAAGUCUAAACCAAGCAGUUCUGCCCCCACCCCGGGACAGUUCCAAGUUAUCCAAGUGCAGACCCCUGGUGGAAAUGUUCAGUACCAGGUCAUCCCACAGAUUCAGACUGUAGAAGGCCAGCACAUUCAGAUCAGUCCAGGGAAUGCCACUGCGCUGCAAGAUCUACAGGGUCAAAUCCAGUUUAUUCCUGCUGGUAAUAACCAGGCCAUCAUCACGGCUGGCAACAGAACAACAUCUGGAAAUAUUAUUGCGCAAAACUUGGCAAAUCAAACUGUUCCAGUGCAGAUCCGUCCUGGAGUGUCAAUCCCAUUACAGCUGCAGACCAUUCCUGGGGCUCAGCAAGUAGUGACCACCUUACCCAUAAACAUAGGAGGAGUGACUCUAGCCUUGCCAGUGAUAAAUAGCGUAGCUGCUGGAGGAAGUUCAGCACAGAUCGUUCAGCCCUCAGAUGGCGGAGUUACCAAUGGAAAUCAGCUGGUAUCCACACCCAUCACAACUUCCUCUGUCAGUACCAUGCCUGAGUCUCCCUCCUCCUCCACAUCCUCAACCUGUACAACCACUGUGUCUACGACUCUGACUAGCAGCGAUACGCUUGUCAGCUCAGCUGAAACAGGCCAGUUCACCAGCACUGCGGCAAGUAGUGAGCGUGCCCCAGAAGAAUCCCCAGCCUCUGUCACCGAGGCUGAGAGCCAGAGCAGCGGUCAGCUGCAGGCAAACGGACUCCAGAAUGUGUCCGAACAAUCAAACUCUUUGCAACAGGUACAAAUUGUAGGACAGCCUGUCUUACAGCAAAUCCAGAUCCAGCAGCCUCAGCAGCAGAUCAUACAAGCCAUACCACAGCAGUCAUUUCAGCUUCAGUCAGGACAGACCAUACAAACUCUCCAGCAGCAACAGCUGCAAAAUGUUCAGCUCCAAGCAUUAAGCCCAACCCAGGUUCUCAUAAGGGCCCCGACAUUAACCCCUUCUGGUCAGAUCAGCUGGCAAACCGUGCAGGUGCAGAACAUUCAGAGUCUUCAGAACUUACAGGUCCAGAACGCUGGCUUACCGCAACAGCUAACCCUUACCCCCGUGUCCACAAGCAGUGGUACGACAAUUGCACAGAUUGCACCGGUUACGGUAGCUGGAACUCCGAUCACGCUCAAUGCUGCCCAUUUUACAUCUGUGCCUAAUCUCCAGACAGUAAGCGUUGCAAAUCUCGGUGCAGCGGGAGUCCAGGUACAGGGAGUACCAGUCACAAUUACAAGUGUUGGAGGUCAACAACAAGGAGCAGAAGGAGUCAAAGUACAACAAGCUACCAUAGCACCUGUGACGGUUGCUGUAGGCGGCCUUGCUAAUGCUACCAUUGGUGCAGUCAGUCCUGACCAGAUAACUCAAGUGCAGCUACAGCAGUCCCAGCCAUCAUCCGACCAGGAGGUGCAGACAGGAAAGAGGUUAAGAAGAGUUGCAUGUUCAUGUCCCAAUUGUAGGGAAGGAGAAGGAAGAGGCAGCAGUGAGCCUGGGAAAAAGAAACAACACAUCUGUCAUAUUGAAGGUUGUGGAAAGGUCUAUGGGAAGACAUCCCAUCUCCGAGCGCAUCUUCGUUGGCAUACUGGAGAGCGGCCAUUUGUAUGCAACUGGAUAUUUUGCGGAAAAAGGUUCACCAGAAGCGAUGAGCUCCAGAGGCACAGAAGAACCCACACAGGUGAAAAACGUUUUGAGUGCCCGGAAUGUUCGAAGAGAUUCAUGAGGAGCGACCACCUCUCCAAACAUGUGAAAACCCAUCAAAACAAAAAGGGAGGCGGAACCGCCCUGGCUAUUGUAACCUCAGGUGACCUGGAUGCGUCAGUCACCGGGGUCCUCGGUUCCCCAAGAAUCGUUACCGUUGCAGCCAUUUCUCAAGAUUCCAAUCCAGCCACCCCAAAUGUUUCCACAAACAUAGAUGAAUUUUGAACAAGGUUAUAAGGAUUUUUAUUUUCUUUUUUGCUGCACUUAAAUUUAUGGAUUUACAGAAUUGUGAACUAUUCAGAGGUAAUCAGUUUUUGUUCCUUUUAAAUAUUCCAAGGAUAGCGGGGAUGAAGCGAAUGCAGAUGAAGCUGUGAAUAAUAUCCUUUUUCUAUUGGACAAUAGAAAGCGAAGAUAUUUUAUCUGCAUCACGUACUCUACAUUUUGUAAAAAAAAAAGAGAAAAAAAAAAACCAAGAAAAAACAAAAAAGCCUUCAAGUUUUAAUGGGUUUUCAUUCAUUGUUCUCUCGAGGAGGAGGUUUUGUGACGAAGCGCAUAAUAAAAAGAAUAAGGAUAGACUCAGGGCCACUAAUAUGUUACAAACUCUGUUUGUAAAUGGCCAUACAAUCAGUUUGUAUUUAUGGUAGCAAAAAGUAGUCUGCAGUUACCUUUACAAAGAAGUAAUUUAGUAUGGAGAGCUGAUAUUUAAACAAAACUUUCAGAAAAUCUUAUUUAUAUAGAUGUAAUGUAAAAAAUUAUGCAAGCUGCAUAUAGUUUGAUGCUACCUGUCAGUUCUUUCUACAUUCCAUGAUUUUAGUUUUUACUUUUCUUCUUCCUUUUUUUUUUUUUGUUUUUUUUUUUCUUUUCUUAUGUAAAAUUUUUUUGUUUGGUAGAAUUGGUAUAUACCACAUAUAUGAUUCGUAUAAAGAGCAAAGGCUGCAGGCUUGACUGGAAAAGUGCACUAAGUCCUAUGAGGGAGAUCUGUCAAAACCUGUUCAGAGGAACAGUGGUGCAGUUGCCCAUAGCAACCAAUCAGAUUGCUUCUUUCAUUUUUAAAGAAGCCUGUGAAAAAUGAAAGAAGCGAUCUGAUUGGUUGCUAUAGGCAACUGCACCACCCGUCCCCUAUACAGGUUUUUAUAAAUAUCCCUCUAUAUCAGUGGUCUUCCACCUGCGGACCUCCAGAUGUUUCAGAACGACAACUCCCAGCAUGCCCGGACAGCCGAUGGCUGUCCGGGCAUGCUGGGAGUUGUAGUUUUGCAACAUCUGGAGGUCCACAGGUUGAAGACCACUGCUCUAUAUGUUUAUUACAUAUUCUAAGGAUUACUUGACAGUGCAGCAUUAUUGCAAAUCAUUUAGAAGCACAACUAAUGUAUAUUAGAUCCUUCCUUUAUGACAUGCAGUAUUUGCCCUGUAUAUCUGCAUUUGGUUUCUAAAUCCUUUCAACAGGUAUUGAGUUUUUUUUUUUCCCCUAUAAUCAUGGGCAAUGGCUCAUGAGAGAGCCAUAUGUAAAAAAAAAAAAAAAUGCAGAAGAAAAGGUUUUGUCACGAUCAGCACCACAUCUUUUGUAGUGUGGCGGUGAGUUGUUUGUUGGUUCAGUACAUUUUUUUAAAAUUAUUAUUACCGUAUUUAUCGGCGUAUAACACGCAUUUUUCAGGCUAAAAUGUUUUGCCUAAAGUCGAUCUGCGUGUUAUAUGCUGAUAACCUGCUGCAGUUCAAUGAUUUAAAGCAGGCUCUUUAAAUCAAUGAACUAAAGCGGCUUUUGCAGGUGCAGAGACCUGCCGUCGCUGCCGGCUUCUCUGCCCCUGCCUGUCCUGGGGUCUAGAGCCCUGCUGCCGCCGCUUCUCUCCCCCUGCUAUCGGUGCCGCUGCCCCUUCUCUCCCCCUGGCUUCUCUGCCCCAUUGCCGGCGAUGAUAGCCAGGGGGAGAGAAGCGGCAGCCGGCGCCGCUGCCCUGUUGCCUCCCCCAUCCCGGUUGUAUAAUUACCUGUUGACGGGGUCGGGUCUGCGCUGCUUCUGGCCUCCGGUGUGGCGUCCCCUGCGUCGUUGCUAUGCGCUGCGAG